AAAAGCUCACAAGCUGAAGAUAACAACUGGCCGAACGACACCACGUUUUAUCCUUUUUGCUUGCUGAGCUCUCGGAACUUUGUCUGGGUAUAUUUUUCUGUUUCUAAGAAGAAGCCCUGGACACUUGAGAAAAUGGCUUCGGUCAAAAGUAGACCAGAAAUUGGUAGCAGUAUACCUGAAAUUUUAUUCGACCCGUCCACUAACAAACGGUACACGAAAGGACGAUUUCUUGGAAAGGGAGGAUUUGCAAAGUGCUAUGAGCUGGUUGAUAGCGAAACUAAGGAAAUAUUUGCAGGAAAAAUUGUACCAAAAUCCUUGCUGGUUAAGCCCCAUCAGAAAGAAAAGAUGACACAAGAGAUCAGUAUACACAGGUCCUUAGCACAUCUCCAUGUUGUGAAAUUCCACUCGUUCUUUGAGGACAAGGACAAUGUGUACAUCCUGCUGGAGCUGUGCCGAAGACGGUCUCUCAUGGAACUUCACAAGAGGAGGAAGGCUGUUACUGAGCCAGAGGCUCGAUACUUUGUGCGUCAAGUGGUCAGUGCUUGCCAGUAUCUGCACAACAAUAAGGUGAUCCACAGAGACCUAAAGCUGGGUAAUCUCUUCCUUAAUGAUGAAAUGGACAUUAAGGUUGGGGACUUUGGACUGGCAACAAAGCUGGACUUUGAAGGGGAAAGAAAAAGAACCUUAUGUGGAACACCCAACUACAUUGCACCUGAGGUACUUGGAAAGAAAGGCCAUAGCUUUGAAGUGGAUGCCUGGUCUUUAGGAUGUAUAUUAUUCACUCUGCUGGUAGGAAAACCCCCAUUUGAGACCACUUGUCUCAAGGACACGUACAUGAGGAUCAAGAAGAACGAGUAUCACAUUCCACCGCGGAUCAGCCUGCCGGCACGUAACUUAAUCACAAAGUUACUUCGGGCUGACCCUACGGCCAGGCCAAGCAUGGAUAGUGUGAUGGAAGAUGAGUUCUUCACAGCAGGUUACUUGCCCAGUCGCCUGCCCACGAGCUGUCUGACAAUGGCCCCCAGGUUUGGAGGCACUCAGAGGAGGAUUCUCACUGAGAUUAAUGGCACAGAACAACAAACAGAAGUCACUGGAAAUCGGCCAAUGACUGCUGGUGUCAAGAAGGACAGUCGAGGAGGAAGUGGUCCAUAUGGCCAGGAAUCUUCCAGGCCAGGCACAGCCCCAGCCGGUCCCAACAAACCAGCUAACUCCGAGACUGAUAUGCAAGACCUACAUGAUCAAAUAGCUUCUGUCAUUGCUUCUCGGCCGGCAGAGAAGGCAGGCGCUUGUGAAGAUGAGGCUGAGGACCCCGCAGCCAUGCCUAUCUACUGGGUGAGCAAAUGGGUGGAUUAUUCGGAUAAGUACGGCCUGGGCUACCAGCUCUGUGAUAACAGCGUCGGAGUGCUCUUCAAUGACAGCAGCCGCCUCAUUCUGUUGGCCAAUGGGGAAAAUAUUCAGUACAUCGAGAGGAAUGGCACAGAAUAUUUCUACACCUUGAAGUCUUACUCUGAACCUCUGAUGAAGAAAAUUACCCUGCUGAAGUAUUUCAGGAGCUAUAUGAGUGAACAUCUCCUCAAGGCUGGUGCAAACAUGACCCCACGGGAAACGGACGAGUUGACCAGGUUGCCAUUCAUGAAGGCAUGGUUCCGAACCCGCAGUGCUAUAGUUCUGCACCUGAGUAAUGGAACCCUACAGAUCAAUUUCUUCCAAGACCACACAAAGAUAAUAUUGUGUCCAUUGAUGGGAGCUGUGACCUACAUUGAUGAGAGUAAAAACUUUCGGGUGUUCCGCCUUAAACAGUUGGAGCGCUACGGCUGUUCACAAGAGCUUCUUACUCGUCUUGAAUAUGCCUUCAGCAUUGUGGAGAGGCUACUCAAGGGGAGGUCACUCUCCUCUGUCAAGGAACGUUAACCUGUGAUACCACAGAGAGGGUGAGAAAAGCCAAAACAAGCAUGACACACACCUGUCCUGCAGAGAUUGGAUCUAUGUCGUUAUCUGUGGGUACGGUGGGUGAGUCGCCUCCUGACUCUGGAGGAGAUUCUUUAGAACUCUGUGAUCAGAUCAAGUGUAAUGAAAUUCAGCUUCUGUCCAAAACCGCUGGGCAAGAGAUUGUGACUUGUGCCAACAGUUUGAGUGUACAUACUUAUUUUUUGAUCAUGAGUGUAAUAUGAUUCUUAAAUACCACCAGUGUUAAUAAUUUGCAAUACAAGUGCUGGGAUCUUUUUCAUUUAUCAUCCUCAAAAAUAAUUAUGACGUUUUUCUUGUAUGUCAGGAUAGUAAUUGGGCUUUUCCCGAAUGAACAAUGACUACGGUUCUUUUUUGCUUUAUAUGGUAGAGAAAUGUUUAAAAUUAGAUGGAAAUGUGGGUGACCUUACCAUUAUAUAAUCUAGUUAUCAUAAAGAAUUAUGUGAUGAAGUGUGCUUGUGAUUGGAGGUUGUUGACAGGGGUACGGUACAUAUGUUGUUACGCUGCUAUGGCUGAUGUAUCUUCAUGUGCAUGUUGUGCAUGGAACGUUUGUGUUUAAUUUCUUAGUAAGCUGUGGAUUGUGAGGUUAUUUGAUUAAUGUAUGUAAAAACAAGGAAAUCUAUUUAACAACUACAGAAAGGAAAAAAUACAGAACGAUGUAAUGAGAAUGAUCAGCUAAUCCAACAUUAAUUUCCCUGUGCUUUCUCACCCAUCCCCCUUUUAGCUGCGUGGUGUAGGACUCUGAGGAAAACGGUAGUGACUUCAGACAGAGGAGGUGGGAGUAGUAGAAAGGAUAUGGGGAAUCAGCUGCAAAAUUAUUUAAGAAUAUUUGGAGACACUUUUGUGGACUCUUUUUCUCAGACUAUGAUCUUGUCCUAGAACAUUUCAACAAUCAUUUAAAUAUACAGUAUAAUGUUUUAUUUUUGAAACUUGUAUGUUCUGUACAAGCAGACUGACAUGAUUGAGUGGAAAUAUUUUUGUACAACGUAAAAUUCAGGUGAAAUCUUUAUCUCUGAGGUGCAGGUGAAAGUGUGGAAAUUGAAAUAUUUUUUAUGUUUCCAGGCUGAAGGCAUAGCUGUGUAUUUGAAUUAUACAGGUUGAAGGAAAUACCUGCUACUAUAUUAGGUCCCUCCACCAAUAUUUUUUGUUCUUUUGCAAAUGUAAUUGUUCUGUGCAAAUAAAAUAUUUCAUUUUGUUCUAAAACAAUAAGUUAAACCCCUUGCAUACUUGAGUAGAGCAAGGGGAUUUUAGUGCUUGUGUGUUUUAUUUUUCAACAUUCACAUUCAUAUGUAUGUAGGCUAUGAGGUUGAUUCAAACAGUAAUUACACUCUUUGUUACACUGAAAUUGAAAUGUUAAAGCGUCUACUCCAUCCAUUUACUGUAUUUCAGAAAUUUUUUUUUUUUGGACACGACUUCUUUCCUGAGGAAACCAUGUAAACAUGACAGUGCUAUUUUUCUCAAUUGAUUAAGCUGAUAUACCGUAGAGCUUCAAGUGAUUUUCUAUGUCCACAAAUCGUAGUUUUCAGCAAGCACCUACAAUGUAUGUGGAUUAUUGUUUUAGAGUAAAGAUGUAAUGUUAUUACUUGAACGUAGAACAUUGUACAAUUUUUUUUCUGAAGAGGUCCAGUGUUGACAACCUGUACCUAUUGACCUCUUGGCUGUGGUGUGGCAUACAUAGUCACGUUAUGUACAAAACAUAUUAUUACACAUUCAUUAUUGUUUUUGUCAUCCGAGAGCCAAUUACAUCAUUGCUUAAAACAAUGCGAAUAAAAUGUAA